AUCAGUGGUGUACAGUCCACUGUGUCACGCAUGGACACCCUCUGACAGCUAACUAAAGCCUCGCAAAACUACGUAAUCCAGCUCACAUGACAGACUGUGUUAUCUAAAGAGUUUGACUACAUUCAGCUUGGUCAAGUGUCUCGUCCAUAUCACUGGGAGAAUUUUUAGUGUAAAAGCAAGUCUUAAUUGCAUUGACUCUGGUGUGGCGUGUAAUCCCUUGAUUGUUAUGAGAGACAGUCAAACAGUCCUCACGAUGUACAUAGCCAAUGGAAAGGGAGGACUCUGAGUGACUCGUAUCAAGCUUCUGCAUCACAAGACCCUGUGACUGAUAAGGACUACCAAUUAUCUGCAAUCACCAUGGCUAGCAUUCCUAAACUGUGGGUUAUGAAACCUUUAACACCUAAAUUAGAGAAGUCUGACCUCCGGACAUUGCUGAGCCCUAGCAGUGAGCCGUAUUCCUUAGAGAAGAGCUGGAAUUUCGGCCAGAACGGCGAUUCCAAUUCGUUUAGCAAUGACAACAUCUCAGUGACGCAGUCCUCUGUGAGAGUCACAAAUGGAGAGGGUUUGGUGGAUGUUGUCCAUGCCAAGCAAGUGGCUGUGUCUGAAGACAGCAGUACCAGCGAGGAAUGGCAACCUAGUACACCUAACAGCCCCAGUUCCAUAAGCAGUACAGACUCUCAUGUGGGUUUCUACUCCUUUGUGGAUGACCCAACAAGCCCAGAAGCUGAGAAGAAUGAAGUUUACAUGGUCUCACCAAAGAGACAGGCCAAAUUAUCUACUCUAAAAGAGAAGAGUAGGUUUAAGGUACAGACUUACAUGGAGGACAGAAAACCUGAGAAGCUGUUUCAAGAGACUAAUGGUGAUUACCAGUACCAUAUUGGUGACACAUCAGGAAAGGACUAUGAUGCAGAUAAUAUAGAUCGAAUGGAGAUCAUCCGGGGUCAGGCACCUAAAAAGAAUGUUGUAUUAAAAGAAGAGUGGAGUGCUUUGGAGAACCUCGAUCUUACAAACUCUCCGCAUCGUCUGCUUGAGGGUUUUAGUCUGUGCUAUAGCCCUGUGACCACAAAACCUCUACAGUCUGAAGCAGAGCCUGGCACCAUUGACAACCAGCAAAUUGACUUCAAUUCUGCACGUAAACAGUUCCAAAUGAUGGAGAGCACACUGCAAAACCCGUUCCGGAAUAAUCCUCAACAAGAAAAUUUUUCUCCAAAACUACGGGGACGAUCAUUGUCUGCAGGAGCAAAACCUUUCACAAAAGAUGUUAGCAAAUCUGAGACCCUAAAGGAUGAAUCUUGGAAGAGAGGAAAGAAUAAGGCAAUGUCUAUUGAAGAGGAUCUAAAAAAUAGGAGUCAAACUAGCUUGAUAGAUUAUGUAGACUUUGGAUUUGACAACAACAACAACACAGACUCUACAAGAUUUAGAAGUUUAUCCAGUGAGCCUUCCAUGUUAGACAGCACACCUGGGAGUGAAACGCCCAUCGAGCGAGAGAUCCGAAUAGCUCAGGAACGAGAGCAAGACCUGAGGCGUUCACGAGGUAUAUUUCUUCCAGACACAUCAGAAAUGGUUGAGAUCAUGACCAAGCCUAUUCUGUCCCUACCAAUGCCACAAAUAAAGCCUAUGAAAGCAAAAGAGCCCAACAGAAUGAGUUUACUCAUUCUACGUGAGAUAGAAAAGGCUAAUCAGAACACAGACCUUUAUGACAGAGGAAGUCAACAUAAUCAAGGUGAGAAGAAGAGAACUUUUGGGUCUCAAUCAGACCAAUUAGACAUUAUAUCUUCGAGCACAAGUCCAAGCAUAAAUCUCACUGGCAGAUCUAUUAUUACAGAGGAUGCAUCAGUUACAGAGAACCCAGAGAAUGUAGAACAAAGGGAUGUAUUUCACUCUGAAGAGCCUCUUUCACCCUGCUGCCCUCAUCGACACCCAGAUGAGACAAUCAUUUGGAGAGAAAGUACUAAAAAAAUUCCAAAGAGACCAUUUGAAACAUUCACCAAUGAGUUGGUUGAACAAGAAAACUCUAAAACAAAAACUGCAAACCAACCAUUUUGGAUGGCGGAUUAUAAGCCGAAAGAAUCACGGAAAACUUUUAGCACAACGUAUCCUCUUUCCGUUCCACCUGAAACUGUUAGAAGUAGCAGAUCUACAGGAGAUUGGAGAUCUCUUUCUGAGAGCUCAAGCGAUUGGCCCCGGAUGUUAAAUGCCCCAGAUAAAAUCCGCAAAGAGAUUGAGGAGAACCUCAGACGAGAGCAGGAGCUUCAAGAACUACGAGAAGCAAGCAAUCUCUCAGAUGUCCCAGAAACCACAUUGGCAUCUUUUAUCAACUCUGAUGAAGUGUCUGGGCAAAGGAACGUUGACCAAAAUAAUUCUUAUGACAAUGUCAUUGAGGUAGAUGCUAUCCUACCACAAAAAUCUACACAGAGGACCAGUUACAGUUCCCAUGUGGAUCCAACCCCUGUGUCCAGUACAGCAGAGAGAGGCCCUCCUUCAAAACUGUCCUCCAUCAUGACUGCCCAACCAUGGAGUGGUCCAAAGCACACGACCACCGCAGUCCAUAAGACAGUUUCUACUCUUCCUUCUAGUCCAUUAACUGAAGCCUCCUCCCACAAGGGGCUGACAAAGACACUGCUGGAUGACUUUGAGGAAAGGCGAGUCAGAUUGAAGCUUGAGGAGAGCUCUUAUGCUGGAAUACAGCCUGUUGAUGACAUUAACAACGAGGUUGUAGAAGUGACUCGAGUAAUACGGCACAAAAACACAAGGGCUCUGCGCUGGGAAGCUGGUGUAUACGCCAAUGAAGAGAACAACUAAGUCUGGACAUGCUGUGCAAGUGGAAAAUAUACAUAGAUCUUAAUAUUAAUGCUAAAAGCAAUGAUAUCCAGACUUGAUUAACUGGACCGGCUGGAUCUAACUGACAUCUUGUACUUGGGUGUUGGCGCCACCCUUUAAUAGCUCUUAACUAUAGAGACAACAUGAAUUAUGAAGGCCAUUUGGAAAUGCAGAAAACUGUCCUGGUGUGGAUUAUGGCUUCUAUAAAUGCCAGAAAUUAUUUUUACUGAAUAUUUAACAAUCAUUACCUGAUCAUUGCUUGAUGUUGGGCAAAGUGGUAUAAAAUACUGCAGUUUGAAGUAAGUGUAAAUAAAUGUUCACUAAGUCAUCAGUAUUACCAGCAAAUAUAAAAAAAAUUAAGGUUUCAAACGUGUUUCAGAUUUAAAAAAAAAAACAACAACCCAACAACUUAUAAUCAUAAAUGAAAACAUCAAAAAGUCUAAGAGUCUGUCUUACAAAAUAGUCAUUAUAUUUUUUUAAUUAUGAAGACGUCGCACUGAUUUUAUUAUUAUGUUUUAGUAGAAAGUCAGGCUUUUUUUUUUAAUGUAAAUUUCACUUGUGAUCAGGAGCGUGUGUUGCUUACUUACAAACAGAAACCAAGGUUUUAAGUUCCAUUUAAUAUAAUAUAAUAAUUACAAUCCCCAAGAUAAAUAAGUGUUGCAUAAGCUGACUCUUAACAGAAAAAAACUCCUCAGUAAGAUAGAAUUUAUCAUCCAGCAGCUCUUGAGUAGGCUGUCUAAUGUGUCACCUCAGAUCAUGUUUUGCAAGGCUGGAACAAGUCUUUCAGCUCUUUAACCUGUGUUCAUUAACUAUAGAUUAAUUUAUAACCAACAAAGGAUGUAAAUGACACAUGCACUCAUAUAAAUGAACAGUAGAGGAAGCGACCAAGGGAAGGGAUUCAGGAGAGGAGUCAUCUCCAUUUAGGAUAAAUGCAAUAACAUGACACAGUGUAAGUACGUAACAAGUGGAGAAAGAAUCUGUCCUUUAAAAAAUGUUUAAAUGAAAUUUAACAGGAUUUAUACAGGAUUUAUUUGCAUCCAAAAUCAUAUCCGGUGUCUCUUUCUAAACAAAAGUGAAUGAAUGAAUCUACAGCAAUAUAUUAAUCAGUGCCUUAGUCUAAAAACACUGAUGUGAUAUUUGUAUUCAUGAAUGAAGAUUUGAUGAGUUGGAAUAAAAUUAAAUUUUGAACCUACAA